GCGCUGCAUAAAAGAAUUCGACAGAACAAAAAAGUAUUGUUACAGAAAAACGAAACUCGAUUACAGUGCUCAUUCGACACUUUUAAAGGUAAAUUAUGGCUUGCACGUGGAAAAUAAGUGAAUGUAAGAUGUUUGUUAUAAUUUUAUUGCAUGGUUACUUGUGGGGAAUGUUUGGUGGACUGGCAACUUCUCUGGCACGUAGCCCACCGGUUUAUGAAAAUGGGAAAACUAGUUUUGACAGUCGACUAAGAAUAUCGUUCUGUGCUCUUCACGGACUUCUUGCUAUAGCGUUCACUAGCUGGUUUAUUCUAGGGGAGUUUCAUCGAUCAUCUAACGACAAUGAAACUAGCAAAGAGAAGCAAGAGACUUCUCCACUGAUCCCUGAACAUGAAACUUCUUCCGUAGGUAUACCAUAUAGACUCGGACAUUCCAGGGAAAUCGUGCCAAAUGUGCAUUAUACUACAUCUCAAUCCACUGAAAGUAGGAAUGCUGUUUCUUUCGAAGUAAGGGAUGAUCCAUCUGAAACUGUCUUUUCAACAUCUGAGAAGAGUUACGAUUUCGUUGGACUAAAUAAAUGUCUGUUAAAUAAUUUCUUAAGUGAAACGGAUCUUUACGCUGACGACGACGAUGAUGAUUUCGUACUUGGUUCUUUAUCCUUAGAUAACUACAGUGACGAUUAGCGUCGUGUGAAAAUCGUCCAAGGUUUUACUUUGAAUGUGAAUUAAUUUAAAUAUGACAAAAUUAGACUUUUUUUGGUCUGUGCUUUUAAAAGCAAUAUUUUAACAAAGUUCAUUUUUUAAAAUAUGUAUUUACCAGUAUUUAAAACUAUUCUUCCUCGUUCUUUCUUAUUCAGAAUGUGUUUAUAUUUCGGUGAACAAAGAUCUUAUAAAUGCUUAUUUGAA